CCUGCUGCUAGUUUUUCUCACAAAAUCAGACAGAAAAUCAAAAGGGAUUUUGGAGAAUGGAUCUUUUGGUCAAGCAAAAGAGAGUGAGAUUUUCUGACCCAGGAAAAGAAUUCAAGAGCCAUGUGGGUGAUGAUGAUUAUGAUUCAAGAGACAUUGAGUUUGCAGCUGCUGUUGCAGCAGCAGCAUUUGCUAUACACUCACUUGAAGAAGCUGAAAUGGAAUUACAGAGGAAGAUGAGAGAUGACUUUGUAACCUCAAGGACCAAAACUAGGCUGCAAAGAUCUAGCAGAUUCUCAAACAAGGAAAUGAUGGGUGCUGGAUCGACAAAUAAGUCAAUGGGGCAGGAGGCAGAGGAUCCAGUUUGGGGUCCAAGUCGUACAUCUUCCAUGAGGCCUACACCCUCAGAAGAUAGAUAUCAGAACCAGAUGGGGAAUUCAUCACGACGCAACAAUGUGGAAACCAAAGCAGAUGCUUGGGAGAAAAAUGAGAUGGAAAAGAUUAAGAAGAGGUACCUGAAGAUGAAUUCCAGAAUAGGUGCUUGGGAGAAUGAGAAGAAGAUGCAGGCCAAACAUAAGAUGGAAAGGAGAGAGGGUGAAUUGGAGGAGAGAAGGGCUUUAAACCUACAACACUACAGAAACAAGAUAGGAAGGAUCGAGCAGAUGGCAAAAGGAGCAAGAGGGCAGGUGGAAGAGAAAAGAAGAAAUGAAGAGUUUGAGGUGAAAGAAAAGGGGAAGAAGAUCAGGUCAAAAGGAAAGCUUCCUGUCAAAUGUUUCUGCUUCUAUUGUCACUAGGAAUGCAAUGCAAUGCACUUGGGCUCAAUAGCCUUCACAGUCAUGGCAUUAUAGCAUUUAUCAAAUCUCUUGGACUCCUAAUUUGA